AGAAAAAAAAAAAAAAAUCCGCUUAGUAUUGAAAAAACUCCUAAAUAAAAUCGAGCAGUCACUCUUAUCGUUAUCCUCUAUCCAUGGCGUCUUCACUACUCUCCGUGUCCCUCUCCUCCACCACCGCCCCUCAUCUCCAACGCUUUUCUUCCCCUUUUAAGGGCAAUGUGAGCACUUUGAAGGCCAAUCCAUCCCAAUUCACCUCCAUAAAGCUCUACAACCCUAAAUCCAACCGAACUCGACCGCUCUCUCUCGUCUGUUCGGCUGCCUCCUCCGCGCAGGAAUUUUCCGGUAGCACCGAGAAUGUCCGGUUCCGGCUGAACAACCUGGGCCCGCAGCCGGGUUCCCGCAAGAAUCGGAAGCGGAAGGGUCGGGGGCACUCGGCCGGGCAGGGCGGCAGCUGCGGCUUCGGGAUGAGGGGCCAGAAAUCUCGGUCAGGCCCCGGCGUUCGGAAAGGGUUCGAGGGUGGGCAGAUGCCCCUCUACAGAAGACUCCCCAAAUUGAAAGGGAUUGCGGGAGGCAUGCGUGCUGGAUUACCAAAGUAUGUGGCUGUGAACUUGGGGGAUUUAGAACUAGCAGACUUUGAAGAAGGAGAAGAGGUUUCCUUGGAGUCUUUGAAGAUGAAAGGUCUCAUCAAUCCAUCUGGAAGGGAAAGGAAGCUCCCUCUUAAGAUCUUAGGUGAUGGACAACUGAGUGUAAAACUCAAUUUCAAGGCACGGGCUUUCUCAGCCUCGGCAAAAGAGAAGCUGGAGGCAGCGGGCUGCUCGAUAACCGUAGUUCCGGGCCGAAAGAAAUGGGUCAAGGCAUCUGUGGCCAAGAACUUGGCCCGGGCCGAAGAAUACUUUGCCAAGAAAAGAGCCCAAUCCGAAUGGACCGAAUCAACCAACUCCUCUCCUACUUCUGCCUGAGCCUCAUCAACACAUUUAUGUAUGUAGAAAAAAGAACGAAAAUCUCGUACAUGGUGUUAGGUUAUGUGCAUUGAAGUUGAUUUUUAGUGAAUUUUUUGUUAAGUCGGCUCAAAUUGGACAUGGUGAACCAAGUAGGGGUGUGACAAUUCUUGAAAAUUCUGCUGUAUGUUUAUUUAUGUGUAUGUUUAAUUUUUUGUACUUGUUUUAUGUCAUUUUUCUUCAAAGUUUUCUGAAAAAAAAGGUGUUGGGUUUGCCACUAUACUCUCUUCAGAUACACACUCUUCUACAUUUGUUGAAUCGUUUUAAAUACAAA